AUGACUGUCAACGGCCAUUGCGACCCGCGCUUCGAGUCCGUCCGGCAGCUUUUUGAGCGCCACAUCUCCUCCGGCAGUGAACUCGGCGCUUCAAUCUGCGUCAAUAUCGCCGGUACUAAUGUCAUUGAUCUCUGGGGAGGCUACACCGACGAACCGCGAACUGAGCCCUGGACCGAAAACACAAUCGUGCCCGUCUGGUCGAGUUCAAAGUGCGUCACCAAUCUCGCCGCACUCCUCCUCGUCGAUCGCGGACUUCUCGACCCCUACGCUCGCGUGUCGCAAUACUGGCCCGAAUUCGCUGCCAAUGGCAAGGAAGACGUCGAGGUCCGGCAUUUCCUAAGCCACAUGGCGGGAGUGCCGGCAUGGGAGAAACCGUACCCGUACAUGUACGAUGUACCCAUGGCUACGGAGCGACUGGCUGGCCAAGCACCAUGGUGGAAACCCGGUACUGCAUCGGGGUACCACGUCAUCAGCCAGGGCCAUUUGGUUGGCGAACUCGUUCGCCGAGUAUCAGGAAAGUCCCUGGGCCAGUUCAUCCGCGAUGAACUCGCGACGCCCCUGAACGCGGAUUUCCGCCUGGGAGCGGAGGAAAAGGACUAUCCGCGCAUCGCAAACCUCACUAAGCCCGAAGCGCCUCCUGUCGAAUUCCAAUCUGACCCGAACAGUCUCCCUCUCCGCGCGAUGAAGGGAACCCCCGUCCUCGCUGAACACGUCACGACCCCAGCCUUCCGUAACGCAGAACUCGGCGGCGCAAACGGCAUCUCGAAUGCGCGCGCACUGAACCGCAUCCUCUCAAUAGUCACCCUCAAUGGCGAAGUCGACGGCAAGCGCAUCAUCUCCCCUGAGACUGUCAACCUCAUCUUCCGCGAACAAUCGAACGGCCCCGAUCUCGUGCUCCAAGUACAUGUGCGGUUCGGAAUAGGGUACGCAUUGCCCCACCGACAGACGGCGGAUUGGAUUCCUGAUGGGAGAGUGUGUUUCUGGGGUGGAUGGGGUGGUUCAAUGGUGAUUAUGGAUCUAGAUCGCAAGACGACUAUCACGUAUACGAUGAAUCGGAUGGGUGGUGGGACAAUCGGGAAUGAUCGGUCUGGGGCGUAUAUUAGGGAGAUUUAUGCGGUGUUGGGUCAGCUUCCGAAAGCAGCACUCUGA